CAAAGUUGAAGGGAAACAUAUGAUACACAGACGGAAGAAAUAAGAGAGUAAACAAUAGCUUCUUUACACUUGAAAUGAGUAACUGAGAACAACUUAAUGAGUGAUGAGCUUUUGAGGAAUAGUGUAAUGAGAUCUGCUCGCCAAGGUAGUUCCUGACAGUCAAGCUCUCCUGGUGUUGUUCUUUAGGUGUUCUUCCGUAUUGUGAUAUAUUUUGAGCUUCCAUCAAUUUUACAAUGGCUUAUAAGCAGGGAGGGCAAGAUGAGCAACUUCUCAAGCCAUGUAUUUGCCCAGCUGUGGUGUUUGCAUCUUUGCCUGGUGAUAUGUACUUAGCAGCCAAGAAUGGAGAUCUCAGAAGAGUGAGGAAAUACCUAGAAGAUGGUCAUGAUAUCAAUGCAGCUGAUUCAGAUGGUUACACUCUGUUAUCGAGUGCCUGUGUUGGUGGCCAGCUGUCAGUCGUGCGGUUGCUUCAACGACAACCUCACCUCCAUCGCAAUCCGCGUGACUGGGCAGGUGACACACCUCUUAUGUAUGCUGCGAUGAUGGGCCAUGCAGAAGUAGUAAAGGAACUGAUAUCAAGACCUCACCAGUGCCGCCUAGAUGUAAAUGCUUGCAACAACUAUGACGAGACAGCUCUAGAUUUAGCUAUUAUCAAUAAUCACGCAGAUGUCGAAAGCGUUUUGCAGAAUGUCAAACUACCACAGUUAUCAGCUGGAGGAAAUAAUGGGAACGAGAGGUUGAUUGUUAAGCCAUCAGCAUAUGUUGAGUUGAAAUUUGAAUGUGAAGUCUGCCUAGAAGACUACAACAAGAAUGAGCGUCGACCAAGGAUCUUGAGCUGUGGCCACUCACUUUGUACAAGUUGCAUCACCGAAACACUAAACCACGGCCCCCUCAAGUGUCCAUUCUGCCGUUCACCUCAUGUCAUUGAUGUUAGGUUUGCCGCUGAAGUCCCUGUAAACUUCACCGUUGAUGGUGUGAUACAGCAACAAGGAACAUAAUUUCUUCUUUUCUUCUUUUUUUCUUUAUUCUGUUCCCUUUUUUACCAGUCUCUGCAAUAGAAAUACGAUAGCUGUGAUGAGAAUGAUCAAUAAGGUCUUCAGUUCUGUGAUUUAUAAUACAUAUCUAAGUGGUACCAAAAGCAAGCUGACAUUCAUGAGGAAAAGAUCAGUAUUAAUGCAACACUAUAGCUUUAAUGUUAGGGAUAUAUUUACGUAAUAAAGUCUACAUGUUUGGUUUAGAACUUUCUGUUUUACAAGUUUAUAAGAAUAUUUAUAGUGAUAGACAUUUGAAAGUCACAUAUAGAAAUAUAUCCAAUGAUAGUAUUGCUCACUUAUUUUGUUUAUGUUGAUUUAUGAAUUCUAUUAUCUAGUAAAGUACAGCAUUAAGAUGCUGUGAAUUAGUUUUUGCUUCCAAUUUUGUAACUGUGAUUGUAGUCCUAUUAUUUAUUGCUGCUCUAUGUGUGAAAAUCAUUUACUUCCCAUUUUUUUCCCUUUUUUGUAAGAUUGCCUGCACUAGUUAUUUGCAAAAAGUUAUAUCUUGCAAAGUUUCUUGGCAAUUAUAAGCCAGCAGUGUAUUAAGGGAGUUCACUUGUCAUGAUUAUGAAAUGCUAAUUUAUGAAAUGAAUAUUUUUAUUCACUUGCAAAAAUUAACAUGUAAAUAGGUUUACAUUCAGAAAAGAGAAACUGCCUCUUUUUUACCUAUAUGAAUGUUGGUGUACAUUUCACAUAAAGAAAUGCAUAUGCUAACCCUACCGUCCCCUUUUUUAAAUACCAUUUUGAGAUUAAUGGUUUAAUUAAUGCAGUCCUAUGUGAUGAUAGGUCUAAACCCACAGAUGCUGAGAUGGCAAAAAUACAUACUUUGUCCACUGUGA